AUGCAGGCUCUUCGUCGGUCCAUCAAGGGCGACAAGGAAAAGCAGCACCACAACUCAAUAGGGACCAAGUCUGCUGUCGCCAUCAUCCCACCCAAAAAGUCAUCGCAAGAAUUGAGCUUUUCCAAAGGAGAUUUUUUCCACGUUAUUGGCCGCGAGAAUGACCAAGACUGGUAUGAGGCAUGCAAUCCUGCCCUGCCGGAUGCCCGAGGCCUCGUCCCGGUCGCCUUCUUCCAAGCCUUAGGUCGUACCGAGCGAGACAGUGCCCAGUCAGACAAUAGCAGGCCUCCCACUGCGAAAAGUCCCGACCAUGACUCUGGUUACAGCGAAAAUGCCCCGCACCCCAUUACUACGGCCGUACCAAUCACCCACCGUAGUACCAAGUCUACCGAUAUUGACAACAAAAUUUUCGCCACCGUUAUGUAUGAUUUCGAGGCCCAGCGGCCAGACGAGUUGGGCGCUACCAAGAAUGAGCAAAUCAUCAUCAUCGCCCAGUCCACCCCAGAGUGGUUCGUUGCCAAGCCCAUCGCAAGACUGGGCGGCCCUGGCUUGAUUCCCGUCUCGUACGUCGAGAUUCGCUAUGUGAGGACUAAAGAGGUUGUUCCCAACGCAGUGGAAGCUGUAAAGAGAGCCGGGGUUCCGAGUGUGGAGGAAUGGAAGAGGAUGGCGGCAAACUAUAAGAAUAGCAGCAUUACUCUGGGUAAGUUUGCGGGCGCUGGUGCGGGUGAUCAACGGGCAGUUGAGCAAGGUAUGGAGAGUAUGAGCUUUCAAGAAGGGAGACAGAGCGCAUAUAACGGAUCGCAGCAUCGUGCUGGGCAACACAGCAUCUCCCAGUCCCAACAAUAUGCUCACAACCAGGAAGCAACUCCAGUAUACGCGCCAGUCAAAGCUUGGAUACCUCGAUACUGCUUUGCCGAAGACAAAUAUUGGUUUGUUAUCGUGGCUGUUCUUGAAGAUGGCAGCCAAUGGGAACUCUCGCGAUACUACGAAGAUUUUUACGAUUUCCAGAUUUGCCUUCUCAACCAAUUUCCUUCAGAGGCUGGUCAUGCCGGAACGAAUUCAAAAAGGACUCUACCAUAUAUGCCAGGUCCUGUCAGUUAUGUCACCGAUGCAAUUACAGAGGGAAGGCUACACAACCUCGAUGCCUAUGUUAAAAAUCUUCUCGACCAGCCAGCACGCAUUUCGAAAUGCCACCUGGUGAAGAAGUUCUUUGCUCCACGCGAAGGAGACUAUGAGCUCACUCCAAAUUCUGCCGAGGGGGAAAUGCGACUUUCACAAGGCUCACAACCGUCCGCUGAAUCCCCUGGAAAUGGCGGCUCCCGAACCAACCUGAACGGUAAUACCUAUACCGGAUUCUCCGCCACAUCUCGACAAUUGAGCAACUCGCAACAGGGUGCAAGCAAUCAGCCACAAGGUCAACAGCAACAGCAAGCCGUGAAGAAACUUAAAAUGUAUUACAAUGGCGAUCUUAUCGCUAUACGUGUACCGCCCGAAGUUGAUUACCAGCAGCUCUGUGACAAGAUUCGGGAUCGACUCAAACUCAGCCCUGAUAAUCAAUUGCAACUAUUCUAUAAAGACGAGCCAACAGGAAACAAACUUAAUUUAAUGAGCGACAAUGACCUCGACUUUGCUCUUCGGCGGCAUGAGAAACUCGUUCUCUACGUUGAAGUUGUAUAA